AUGCAGCUCACUCGUCGUGCCCGGCACCAUGCCGUCGCUGUCUUCUCUUACCUCUCGGUGGCCUCGGCACAGACAUUUCUCGAGGCGAUAUCUCAAUACUCUCAACUGGAUAAUUUCACGACUCUUAUGACCAAUAACCCUGGGCUAGCCGGAGCCCUUUUGACAUCCAACGCCAGUUCCUUAACACAGACCACCGUGCUCGUACCGGACAAUUCCGCAUUUGAUAAGUUACAGACUCUGUUGGGGGUUCCUGUGGGCUCACUGUCCGUCGCGCAACUCGAGCCCAUUCUCUCAUAUCAUGUCCUUGUCAACGAAUUGACCUCGGACAACUUCACUGUGGAAAAUGGAACCACCCAACCUACUUUCUUGACUGGUGAAUUGUACAACAAUCGAUCUGCUGGAGCUGCACUAGGCUCCAGUGGAGCGGAGGGCGAUCCGAAUAAUGGCCAAGUCGUGUUCAUUGAGGCCAAAGAUGAUCCGAUUGAUGCCCGAAGAUUCACUGUGCGCCAACUUCCAAGCCCCGAAGUUGAGGUUAAAGGUGGUCUUGGCCAUAUUAUCAACAUGACAGCUGUUGAUGGCCGCUGGGACGGAGGGGUUUUCCAGAUUGUAGACAAGUAA